CGAGUUUUUCAGGCUUUUCCCCCCACCCACUCGGAUUUCCAAUUACUGCAGUAUUCCGGACAGAUCGAAUGAAGGUUCUCCACGUGCUCUCAUGAUCGAUGGCUUUUCGUCAUUUGGCAGUCGCCAGACUCAAGUCGUUGCUCGUACUUUGUGCCGUUCUUCUAUUAGUUCAUGCAAUGAUUUAUAAGAUUCCAUCGCUUUACGAGAACCUUACUAUCGGCUCCUCGACCCUUAUUGCCGACGUCGACGCAAUGGAGGCAGUGCUCGGGAAUACGGCUUCCACUUCGGAUGAUCUACUUGAUACGUGGAAUUCCACGUUUUCACCGAUUUCUGAAGUUAAUCAGACUAGUUUUAUGGAGGACAUUCGUCCAAUCCUGUUCCCCGACAACCAGACUCUUCAAUUCUGUAAUCAGACACCUCCCCACCUCGUCGGACCCAUCCGUGUAUUCCUCGAUGAGCCCGACUUCAAAACUCUCGAGAAAAUCUAUCCGGACACGCACGCCGGUGGACAUGGAAUGCCUAAGGAUUGUGUUGCAAGGCAUCGUGUUGCUAUUAUUGUGCCCUAUAGAGAUCGUGAAGCACAUUUGAGAAUAAUGCUCCACAAUUUGCACUCGUUGCUCGCCAAACAACAAUUGGACUAUGCAAUUUUCAUUGUGGAGCAAGUGGCGAAUCAGACGUUUAAUCGCGGGAAACUAAUGAACGUUGGAUACGACGUAGCAUCACGCCUCUACCCAUGGCAGUGCUUCAUCUUUCAUGAUGUCGAUUUACUGCCCGAAGAUGACCGUAACCUGUACACGUGUCCAAUUCAACCACGUCAUAUGAGUGUAGCGAUCGAUAAAUUCAAUUAUAAACUUCCAUAUUCGGCGAUCUUCGGCGGAAUCAGUGCACUAACAAAAGAUCACCUGAAGAAAAUCAAUGGAUUUUCGAAUGAUUUUUGGGGUUGGGGCGGAGAGGACGACGAUUUGGCGACGAGAACAUCGAUGGCUGGACUGAAAGUUUCAAGAUAUCCGACACAAAUUGCACGAUAUAAAAUGAUUAAGCACUCGACGGAAGCGACGAAUCCAGUUAAUAAAUGCCGCUACAAAAUAAUGGGCCAAACGAAGCGCCGAUGGACACGUGACGGCCUAAGCAAUCUGAAGUAUAAGCUCGUAAAUCUGGAAUUGAAGCCUCUCUACACUCGAGCCGUCGUCGAUUUGCUCGAAAAAGACUGCCGCCGGGAGCUGCGAAGGGACUUUCCAACGUGUUUUUAGGCCCUUUUAGGCUUUUAGGCCCAAUUUAUUCAGUUUUUAGCCAUCAUAAUCAUCUCAAAUUUCUCCAAAUUCUUCUUGCCGGGUUGUCAUUUGUUUUUGCUUCUUCUAAUGCUUUUUCCUCUUUUUUUCCAAUUUUUUGUGUCCAAAAAUUUGAAUUCUUCGGGUUAUUCCAACAACAACAAAAAAAAAAAAAAUUUAUUUAAUUAAUUAUG